UGCUUUUGUGUAUGAUAAUUCAUCGGAGACAUAUAAGGUUGUAAUGUUAUUGUUGGAUGUAUUUGAAAAUAGAACUCAUGUGCAAGUUUUAAGUGUGGCAGACAAUGUUUGGAAAACUAUUCCAGAUUUUCCCGCGGUUCCUCUUCCUAAUAUAUAUACCGGUCAGGGUGGGAGUGAUGGUGUGUAUUUGAAUGGUCGUCUUAAUUGGUUGGCCAUUCAAGAUCGUCCCGUUAGUGUUGAUGUUGAUGUUUGGGAGGAUAUUGAGGCUAAGGAAUUUGUCAUUGUUUCACUUGAUGUGGAAACAGAGUCAUACACACAGUUGAUGUCUCCCUGUGCUUUUGAUGAAAUGUCAUCUAUUAAGCCACCAUCUUUAUGUAUAUUGAAAGAUUCCUUGUGUUUUUCUCAUGAUUAUAGAAGAACCGAAUUCAUUAUAUGGCAGAUGGAAACAUUUGGAGUUGAAGAGCCAUGGACUCAACUCCUUAAAAUUAGUUACCAAACUCUUCGAACUAGAUUUCAUGAUUUUGCUGACUUGAAAAAUUGUCAAUUGUUGCCAUUGCACCUUUCUGAUCACAACGAUACACUAAUAUUGGCUAAUAAUCAAGAACAACGGGCAAUUCUAUAUAAUUUGAGGGAUAAUACAGCAAAGAGGACUAGAAUUAUCGAUCCAAUACAAUGGUUCUCUGCCAAGGUUUUUGUUGAAAGCUUGGUUUCUAUCAUUUAGAAAGCACGUCAAGACAUUUGUGGGAUGAUUGGAGGAAAGGAAGAAAUGAGCUUUUUGGUGCUGCAAUAGCUUUAGGUUUCUUCGGGGACAUUGGAAGCAACUCACAAUUUAAUAAUUGUUUUGUUUUAUAACUCUUCUGUUUGUUUGGAACCAUGUGAAUGUCACUAAUACAUUUAUGCAUUUUAGUCCUUUU